CGGAAUAUGAUCAAAAGGGCAGAGUAUUGAUUACCGAUCUUCGACAGGCGUUCAUUGUGUUCUCCAUGGCUUUGGCCAUUGUUUGCGCGGCGGAAGUUGACGAGUCUAAGAAGGAAAAGCGCGGACUGUGGGAAGAAUCCUACAACAACUAUGGUUACGACAACUAUGGGCUGGGUUACUCGGACUAUGCUGAGAAGGAAGUGAAACAUAUAAUCACGAAGAAGGUCCCGGUUCCGUACCCAGUUGAGGUCGAGAAGCACGUCCCAGUCGAAGUGAAGGUCCCAUACCCAGUUGAGGUUGAGAAGAAGGUCCCAGUGUACGUCGAGAAGAAGGUUCCAGUGUACGUGGAGAAGAAGGUUCCAGUGCACGUUGAUCGUCCAUACCCAGUGGAAGUGAAGGUCCCAGUCCAUGUUCCGGUCUACAAGAAGGAAUACGUCGAAGUUCCGAAGCCGUACGCAGUUCAUGUUGAGAAGCCUUAUCCGGUCUAUGUGAAGCAGCCAGUGUACGUCGAGAAGCAGGUCCCAGUGACGGUGCACAUCAAGGAGCACCACAAGAAGCCGUACUGGGGUUGAAGAAUUUCGUAACCCGGUCUUGAAUGCCUGUUAGAGCCGAAUGAUGCCAAAAAUAUAAUUCUUUACCUGAUGUAUG